AUGUCGAGAGUUUAUUACUUAUGGGUCGCUGGUAAAUCCCAAGCUGGAAAAGAGGACUUAAUCCCCAUCGAGGAUCCAGCUACCGGAGAAGUCUUCGCCGAAUGUCAUGCAGCCUCUGAGGAAGAUGUCGAUAAAGCAGUCCACAUUGCACACUCAGCAUACAAAUCUGGCAUAUGGUCACGGGCAUCUCGUCACAAAAGGGCGGAAGUACUUGAAAGUUGUGCUGGCUAUCUCAAAGAAGCAUUGCCAGAAUUGAUCGAUCUUGAGGUAAAACAAACCGGUCGCGUGGUACGUGAGAUGAAGGCCCAAGUUCCGUCUCUCGUGCGAUGGUUUCAAUACUACGCCUCAUUGUUACGGGUGGAAGAGCGCUCCGUUCUUCCAACUACCGGCAAGCUUCACAACUUCACUGAAAGACUCCCCCUGGGUGUUGUGGUGCAGAUCACCUCCUUCAAUCACCCUCUACUCAUUGCAGUGAAGAAGCUAGCACCUGCUCUAGCUGCUGGGAAUAGAAAAAUUCUCCAACGGGCAGGGAUCCCAGAUGGUGUUUUUACCGUUCUACCCGGCUAUGGAUCAAAAACAGGAAGGUUCCUGGUUUCGCACCCGCUUGUGCGUAAGGUAGAUGUGACUGGAAGCACUGACGCUGGGAAGGCGAUUGGAGCACUGGUGGGAGGCAAUCUCUGCCGAUAUACAGCCGAGCUUGGAGGCAAGGCGCCACUUUUGCUCUUCCAUGAUGCCGAUAUCGAUGUCGCAGUGAAUGGAAUUGCCUUUGGGAGUUAUAUUGCUAGUGGUCAAACUUGUGUGGCAAGUACAAGGAUCCUUGUUGACAACAAAGUCCUGGAUCAAGUAUUACAGAAAUUGAAGACAAAGGUCGACAACAUUACUGCUCAAAUAGGGUCCCCUGCCAAUAUCAACUCAAUGAUGGGCCCCCUUAUUUCUGAAAAGCAGAUGAUCAAAGUCCAGGAAUUAAUUGAUGAUGCUGUGGAUAAUGGGGCUGCAAUCCCUCUCGCGGGAGGUAAUCGUCUACUCGGAAGAAGCCCCCUUGAUGGAUCCGACUUUUCUAAGGGAUACUUUUUUGAGCCUACUGUUUUGGUACCAGGGGAAAAAAACUUGACUGCAGCAUCGAUAUGGCGCCUUGAAGCAUUCGGCCCUGUUAUCGUUGUUCUUGGCUUUGAUACGGAGGACCAGGCUAUUGAUUUAGCCAACGAUACAGAGUUUGGCCUGGGGGCAGGUAUCUGGACGAAGGACCUCUCGCGGGCGUUUCGGGUAUCUGAAAGAAUCGAUGCUGGCAUAGUCUGGGUCAAUACUCAUCACCGAAAUGACCCCAGUAGCCCGUGGGGAGGGGCAAGGUCAGCCAGUGGAGUUGGCAGUGAGAAUGGAAUCGAGGCUUAUCAUGAUUAUACUUCCACCAAGAGCACGAUUAUCAACUUUGCGCCAUCUGAGGAAUCUUUGGAUACCGAUGACUGGUUUGGAAACCCUUCUCACAAUGUUCGCUACGGGUAG